GUGCUCAAUCGACAUGACAUGAUGAUGUUGAACAGCCGGCCAGCGUGUGACUCACUCAGAGCCCCCUCCCGCUAACGGCCAGACGUGUCAGACCUUGGAGUGGACUGACAGAAAAACGUAUAAAAUACCUCCGCUCACUUACUUAGUUCGUCUUUCCACCCAGUGCCGAGCGUUUCUGGCGCUGUUUUAACUCUCUGCACACCCGAGUUCAAGUGUUAGAAGCGAAACUGCUCUGGCUUGAAUAUUGACGGGAACGAAUUGGAGGGACAACAGGAAUUCCGCUAACAGACAGAAUGGCAACCACCUGUGGAUUGAGAACUCUGAAGAAUGAGCCAGUACCCCUGAAGUCUGUGUCAGUGGAGGUGGACGUCCAGGGUCACGUAGCAUCGGUCAACUCCACCCUUCAGUAUGAGAACCAGGAGUCCAAUCCCGUGGAGGCCAUCUUCAUCUUCCCCAUGGACAGCAAUGCUGCCGUUUACCGGUUCCUGGCCCGUAUCGGGGACGUCGAGAUCGAAGCCCAAGUCAGAGAGAAGGAGAAGGCAAAGGAAGAGUAUGACGAUGCCAUAAGCUCUGGGCAGGAGGCCUUCCUGCUGGAGGAGAGCGACGAGAGCUCUGACGUGUUUCGACUGAGUGUGGGGAGUCUUCCUCCUGGACAGACUGCCUCUGUUACCGUGGGAUAUGUCAGUGAACUGGCUGUACAGGCUGACCACGCCCUGAGGUUCUGUUUGCCUGCUGUGCUCAAUCCUCGCUACACCCCUGCAGGCAGUAAGAGCUUAACGGCAGAAGUGCCGGGUGCCCGGGCUGGUGAUGUGCCGUAUACUCUGUCCCUCACCAUGGACAUCUACUCUCCCAGUUCCAUCCAGAGUGUGGAGUCUAACUGCCCCCUCACCCCACUGGAGUUUUUCUCUCAGGACAAAACUCAGGCCAAAGUGAGUCUGAGCCCAGGUCAUCAGUUUGAUCGUGAUGUUGAGCUCCUGCUCUACUACAGUGAGCCUCACCAGCCCAUGGCCAUAUUGGAGGCAGGUCAGCCGGGUGUUCAGUCAGGGUCAUUAAUGGGUGAUACUGUAGCCAUGCUAAGUUUCUACCCAGAAAUCCAUGUUGAAAAAUCAUCUCCAAUGAUGUCCAGUGGGGAGUUUAUAUUCUUGGUGGAUCGUUCGGGAAGUAUGGGCUGUCCGCUAAACCGCAGCAAUGACAACGAGAGCCGCAUCAGCAGUGCCAGGGACACUCUGCUGUUAUUGUUGAAGAGUCUUCCUUUGGGUUGUUACUUCAACAUCUAUGGUUUUGGGUCACAUCAUGAGUCUUUCUUCCCGUAUUUAUCCAUUCACAGUAUUUUAUUGUCUUAUAUGUCUGUGUCAGUGUUUCUGUGUAUCUAGUGGUUAAAAUAUUCUUCUGUGUUUCUCUGGGUCAGUGAGAGUGUGGAAUAUACUCAGACCACCAUGGAAACUGCUUUAAAUAAGGUAAAGUCAAUGCAGGCUGACUUUGGAGGAACA